ACUCCCUCCACUGACAGUUUUAAGCAGAACUAGAAAAUUUCACAAUCUCACAAUAUUACGCCAAAUCCCCCGUCAUCCUCUUCCAUCAGACCCUGAACAAAGAAGAAGAUUUGUUGUCACGCACUCUUGUGGUAGUUGGCUAAACUUGUGCAUUUUCUGCAUGGAAACCCAUGAGGGUGCCAGACUGCCAGUCACCUUUCCACGCCAAGUUCGUACCCUACUGUACCAUAGGUACCGGCGCUCGAGCACAGUACCCAUACCAGCACAAGUCACGAUGGAGCACCGCGCCGGUACGGUGCCCUAUGGUACGGUGAUACGGUAUGCACUCGUACUGCCGUGUGUACAGUACAGUGCAGCAAUAAUAUUAUUGCUAUCGUACACUAUACAAGUACUCGAGCACAGGUAUCAUACCAGUAGGUUACCGUGUAGGCGGCUCUAGUAUCAUACCCCGCAUGUGUCAGGACUAGGGCCUGGCCACAAACAAUUCUCUGCUCGCGGCAAGCCUUUCCCCUCCCUACCCACAUGCACACACACAGACUUGAAGAUAGCGUUAUUUGACCACAGGAAAUCCCCAGUUUGAUACCCUCAAUUCCCCCAAUUCGCAAGCUGUCCCUUCGAGCGGCCUGACGAGCAUUCUAGCCUCCUUCUUAUUCCCCCAAUUGAAGAAGAAAGAACAAACCACAUGUCUUCGCCCAUUCCUGCAAGGAAGAAAGCCGGUACGAGCUGAUUCUCAACUUUGCUCCUUGGGUUGUUUGGCUACCCGUUGAAAUGUUUGCUCAUCUUAUACUUUCGUCCAGGUGUUUUGGGAUGCACUGGUUCGGUCGGCCAAAGAUUUAUUCUAUUACUCUCCCAGCACCCCUACUUGGUCCUCCAUGCUGUAGGGGCCUCGAGUCGUUCGGCUGGUAAAAGGUACUCCGAAGCAACAAGAUGGAAGCAGGACCAACUUAUGCCGGACCGAGUCCGAGACAUGAUCGUUAAGGACUGUAGUGCUUCCGAAUUCGAAGAUUGUGACGUUGUCUUUUCUGGACUCGAUGCCGAAGUUGCGGGAGAAAUUGGUAUGUUUGGCCUGAGCCCGCCGCACCCCGCCUCUCACUUCCCCUGCAACUAUAGCAGAGAAUCCGAUUCCAUAUCUGCAUGUCUCCUCAUAUCCCCAAGUAACUGGCUUACCGUGCUCCGCAGAAAUGGAAUUUAUCAAAAAUGACCUCGUUGUCUUUUCCAACUCCAAAAACCAUCGAAGGGACCCUAUCACUCCCCUCAUCGUCCCUCUCGUCAAUACAUCUCACCUCUCCAUUAUCCCACACCAGAGAAGUCAACAUGGCCUGAAGGCGGGGUUUUUAGUUACCAAUGCCAAUUGCUCCACUACCGGUCUUGUCGUACCGCUCAAGGCCUUGCACGAUGCUUUUGGCGGAAUUCAGCUUGUUACUGUCACAACUUUGCAGGCCAUCUCUGGUGGAGGUUAUCCUGGUGUUCCAUCAAUGGACAUACUUGACAACAUCGUCCCCCUCAUUGGGGGUGAGGAGGAGAAGAUUGAAUGGGAGACCGGCAAGAUCCUUGGUUCACUUAAUUCCACCUCUUCCGGGUUCGACAUGCUUUCCACUAUCAAGGUGUCAGCCCAGUGUAAUCGGGUGGCUGUCAUGGACGGUCACACGGCUUGUGUUUCCCUCCGGUUCGCCAAGAGGCCCCCACCAUCCAUUGACCAGGUUAAGGCUGCCUUAAGGGAUUAUGUCUCCGAGCCCCAGCAACUGGGCUGCCCUAGCGCUCCCAAGAACGCUAUUGUGGUUAUGGAGGAGGAGGACAGGCCUCAACCAAGGCUCGAUAGAAACACCGAUGGUGGCUAUGCUGUUAGCGUGGGCAGGAUAAGGCCGGAUAAUGUUUUUGAUAUCAAAUUUGUGACCCUUUCACAUAAUACUGUCAUUGGGGCUGCGGGUUCUUCUAUCCUCAAUGCUGAGGCUGCUGUAGUUAAAGGUCUGAUUUAGACAGGAUAGACUAUGCCAUCCAAGACGGUUGGGGCGUUGAAAUGGGCGCUCUCGACCAUGCAUGCCAUGAUAUCGAACGUUGGAAAUGUUGCUUCAUCAACUAGUCUAUAGUGUAGAUUACGGUAUCCAUCGGGAGAUGUUCUCCUUUCUUUGGAAUCAAGAACGAAUUUAAUAGAAUACAUCAGCCCAGAGACCCAACCCAUGAAAUCCAAAGUAAAUUAGAAUGAAGAACAAGGUGUUGUAUGAUACAGCAAAGGGGUACCGGGUGGGAGUUCCCACACACUUCAAUCGCUAUCGCUGCCAUAAUCAGCAGGUAGAGCCAAUCCUGUGGAAAAAUUUGACGUCUUCAAUGCCACCUUUGGCGGCCCGCUCGAUCCCCUAUUUAAACCCCGUAACGCCUCCAAAGUCUGUCUGGAAAAUAUGCCCACUUGCUCCUUUGCUGCUUCAUCGCCGACACUGCUGCCCCCGGCCGCCUGCUCCAUCAUCAACCCGCCGGUCUGUCCCCCCACCUCUCGCCCAGCUGGGUUUACAGCGUUGGGCCCUCUAGCAUACCAGAUUUCCUCCGGAACUUCAUAUCCCCUCAGCCCAAAGCUACCUUCAAUUCUUCGCUUCUUUGAAGCAUCCUUGUUCUUCCCCUCCAACUCGGCGACGAACUCCUCGGGGAGGGCCUGCCGAAUGGCAGCAGCAGCCUGUUCUUCUAUGCGUCGCUUCUCACGCGCCUGCGCCAUAGGGUUGGGAUCCGUUGUAGCCCAGCGAACGUUCAGGAUCUCAUUAUGGUCCAACGACUGGUGUGCCAUUGCUUCCUUCGCAAAUUGAGCGUUUGCUUCGUUGGAGUAUGUGACGAAUCCGACACCGCGGGAGUUGAGCACUCGAACUAGGAAUUUAGUCAGCAACGAUGGCCUAUAAAAUAAAAUAAAAAUGUUGGAAGAAAAAAAAAGCGAGUAAUAAAUAGUAUGAGGGGCUAUACUUCUCUCGAUCUGUCCCCAUUCUGAGAAAUGCCUUGCAACAAUCUCCUCUAUCUCAUCACUGACGUGAAUCCUACCAACAUAAAGUGUAUGGUUCUGUCUCAUGAAGCUUCCCACACCACCCAUGUCAUCCCUGUAGUCCGAAUGCUUGUCCCGGCCAAAGCAGUCUACGUUUGGAUUGAACAGAUCCGUAACCUUCGGUAAUCGAUGAAGGUAUUCGCAAUCGGCACCCCUAGGACACAAUCCCCUCGCGAAGAAUAGACAAAAGUAGCUUCCGGGGACUUUAUCAGCCUUGGUAUAUCCUGAGUCGCGGGGGAUGUUGCAGCGGCCCUCGGCAUGGCUCUUGGAUAUGUAUUUGUCCUCGCGAUCGCCACCGGACCACUUGUUAUACCAAAUGUUGAACACCGUACCCGUCUGAGGGGGGAUUUCGCCGCCUUUAAAGGUUGACGGGUCAACUUGUGGGCGGGCUGGACGGCGCUUCUUUUUUGUGCUCUUCUUCGGCUUUGCUAGAGCCGUUGGGACUGCUGUUGUGUCUUCGGUGGUGGUGUUUGGUACAGCGGAAUCGGGACUGGUUUCCGCGGCGGGGGCAUCGGGGGUGGGCUCGCGCAUUUCUUCUGCUGUUGGGCCUGGAGACUGCGGGGGUGAUUCAGCCAUUGGGUGUCGUGUUUAUUUCUUC